AUGGUUGAUGCUGAAUGGAAAUGGACACAUGUGCCUGAAGAGGACUCUGAGGACGAGAAUAUAUCAGAGCCUGAGGAGUUCGAGCCCCUUGAAGGGUGUACUGAGGAUGACGUGGGCUGGAUGAACAUACGCUGGCGUAUUGUGCAGCUUCCGGGAUUCCACAAGAUGACUGAGAUUGAUGACUGGCAGGCGUAUUAUGUCCGGUAUCCGGGGAUCGCAGACAUAAAUUGA